UCUUAGUUUCUAUUUUGUAGAUAGCAAAUAAAAAAUUUUAGUCCAAAAAGCAAAAUACAAUGUUUUGUGACAGGAUCCAAGCUGUAAAUUUUGCUGCUCAUACUUCAGAGGAAAUCAAAUCACUUGCUGUUAAGAGGAUCACUAACCCAGAAACUUAUGAUCAAUUGCUUCACCCAAAUUAUUAUGGAUUGUAUGAUCCUGCCCUUGGUCCCAAUGAUAAGGAUGAUAGAUGCGAUACAUGUGGAAUGAACAACUUAAAAUGCCCUGGCCAUUUUGGGUAUAUCGAGUUACCAUUGCCAGUAUACCAUCCAAUGUUUUUCAAAUUAAUGUUGCAAGUUCUUCGUGGAUCAUGUAUGAAAUGUCACAGGUUGAUUUCUAAAAUGUCGAGAACACAGCUGUUUGUAAGACAAAGUGAUUUGCUUGAGAAAGGUUAUCUAACAGAAGCUACUAACUUAAAAGACCUGUAUGGUGCAUAUUCGGCUGAAGCUAGUGAAAACAGUGCCACAGAUAUUAAUCUUCAUAAAGUAAUAUGCGAGAAGAUUGAUGCUUAUUAUCACAGUGUGAUUAACAAUGUAGCAUCAAGCAAAAGUGAAUGCACAAAGAAUUUAAUUAAAUGCUCACAAGAUUUAGUUAAAGACUUCAUUAAAAACCAUCUGGUCAGCAAAACAAAGGAAUGUCCACAUUGCCAGUCUCUUCUCAGAGAUGUCAGGUCUGAAUAUAAUACAAGAGUGUAUUUCAAGUCAGCAAGUCAGAAAGCAGUUCAAAAAGCUGUCACAGCAAAAAUGGUGAAAGGAUUGAAAAAAACACCUGCCAAAGCCGCCAAUUAUAUGAAACAAGAGGGAGAUGACAAUAAUUUGAACACAAGCACUCACAAUAUGUCCAAUAAUCAACAAGAAUCUUCUGAUAUUUUGGAUGAUGAAGAAAAUGAUGAUGAAGAACCUGAAGAGACUGAAGAUGCAUUAAAAAAAAAAUUGUCAGACCAGGAGUAUAUUACACCUGAUGAAGUCAAAAAGCACAUGAUUCAGCUAUGGAAUACAGAUAGCAAGGCUUUAAAAGCACUUUUUGGAUCUUAUAAUGGCCCAGAACGUAAAAGAAAAGUCACCACACCAGAAAUAUUUUUUCUUGAUGUUGUUGCUGUUCCUCCAUCUAGAUUUCGACCACAAUCCGUUAUGGGAGAAAAGCGUUUCGAAAACCCUCAAACAGCAAAUUUAUGUAAAGUACUAUGGCAUUGUAAACUUAUUGAAGAAUUACUUAAACAGAUUAACGUGCCCCACGAUGAAAGUUCGCAUGUUCCUCUUGUUUUAUCAACAACACAAGGUUAUCAGAGAAAGGGUCUUGGUUCUGUAUCCAUUCCUGGCAAAACCUACAAAGAACAACUUCAAAAUGCUUGGGCGGAACUUCAAACAGAUGUAAACAUGUUUAUGGAUAAUACUUUAAGUAAGUUGGCAAAGGAUGCAUUGCCUGGAGUCAGACAGCUGCUUGAAAAGAAGGAAGGUUUGUUCCGCAAGCACAUGAUGGGAAAACGUGUAAACUAUGCAUGUCGUUCAGUGAUUUCACCAGAUCCAUAUAUUGACACAGAUGAGAUUGGUAUUCCUUUAGUAUUUGCUAGCAAACUAACUUAUGUUCAACCUGUCACCACUUGGAAUUUACCACAGUUAAAACAAAUGAUUAUCAAUGGUCCUAAUAAAUACCCUGGUGCUGUCAUGAUAGAGUAUGAAGAUGGCCGUAAAGCAUUGUUAUCGGACAACGAGAAUGAUAGGCAAGCAGUUGCCAAGCAACUUUUAAGUUCUUCUGUGGCAACCUCGAGUAGGAAUACUGACCGACCUCAUCAAGAAAAAAAGGUUCAUCGUCAUUUAAUAAAUGGAGAUGUUCUACUUCUAAAUCGUCAGCCAACACUGCAUAGGCCUAGCAUUAUGGCUCAUAAAGCAAAAGUUCUUCAAAAGGAACGCACAUUGCGUCUUCAUUAUGCAAAUUGCAAGUCAUACAAUGCUGACUUUGAUGGGGAUGAAAUGAAUGCACAUUUUCCACAAAGUGAAUUGGCAAGAUCAGAAGCAUAUAAUCUUGUUAGCACAAAUCUUAAUUAUUUAAGUCCAAAAGAUGGCAAGCCGCUGGCUGGUUUGAUCCAGGAUCAUGUUGUAUCUGGUGUGCGUAUGACGUCAAGAGAUACACUUUUUAAUCGGGAGGAUUACCAACAAUUAAUCUUUAAUGCAUUAAUAGAUAAGCCAGGCCGUAUAAAGUUAUUACCACCAUGUAUAAUGAAACCAGUUCAGUUGUGGUCAGGGAAGCAAGUCUUUUCAUCUGUAUUGCUGAACAUUAUACCAACUGGCAGAAAACCUUUAAAUAUGAUAGGAAGUCGAGCCAAAGUAUCUGAUAUGAACUGGCCAAAGGGUAAGACUAGCAGAUACCAAGAAGCUCACGUAAACGAUCCCUUUCUUAUAGAAGGACAGGUUAUAAUACGAGAUGGAGAACUGAUGACAGGACUUUUGGAUAAAACACAAUAUGGUGCUACACCAUUUGGACUGGUACAUUGUGUGUAUGAAUUAUAUGGUGGCAAAAUAUCAGGAAAACUUUUAUCAGUAUUAGCUCGUCUGUUCACAGCAUAUCUUCAACAUACUGGUUUCACACUUGGAGUUGAAGACAUUCUUGUACUGCCACCUGCUGAAAGGAAAAGGCGUGAAAUAAUGGCGGAUGGACGACAAUGUGGUAAUGACUCAGCAUUAGAAGCAUUAAACAUACAGAGUUGCGAUCAGGAGACACUGAAUAAUCGCCUACAGGAGGCUCACCACACUGAUCAAGGAAGUGAGUUAAAACUUCUGGAUCUAUCAAUGAAGUCAAGAACGGAUUCACUCAACAAUAAAGUUAACUCUGUUUGUAUGAAAGGUUUGCUGAAAAAGUUUCCAAACAAUGCUCUUCAGCUAAUGGUACAAUCUGGUGCAAAAGGAUCAUCAGUGAACUGUAUGCAAAUAUCCUGUUUACUUGGACAGAUCGAACUGGAGGGAAGACGUCCACCUCUUUCUAUGUCAGGACGUUCAUUACCGUCUUUCAGGCCUUACGAUACGAGUCCACGAGCAGGGGGAUUUGUCGAUGGUAGAUUUCUCACAGGGAUACGUCCGCAAGAAUAUUUUUUCCAUUGUAUGGCUGGUCGUGAGGGUCUUGUAGAUACUGCGGUGAAGACCAGUCGCAGCGGUUACUUGCAGCGAUGUUUGAUUAAACAUUUGGAGGCGUUGUAUGUACAAUAUGAUAUGACUGUGCGAGAUGGAGAUGGUUCGGUCGUGCAGUUUUUGUAUGGCGACGAUGGUAUUGAUGUUUUGAAGAGCCAGUACUUGAACAAGAAUCAAUUUAAAUCCAUUGUCGAAAACUAUGAGAGUUAUGUAUCUCUAUUGAAACCAAAAGAAGUAAGUCAAGCUGUAGAUGUGAAAAAAGCGCCAAAGCUACAACGAAAGUGUGACCGCUGGAAGAAGCGAGUUGGCAAGCCUUAUUCCUCCAUAUAUUCACACAGUAGAAAUGCACCAUUUCAUCUCUUCGAGCAUGACAACAAAAAGAAAAUCAACAAGAAGUAUCCUUCACAGACAAGACAAAAUGGACGCACUGAGGCUGACCUAAAGUUGCUUUCAAGAUGGGAAAAAGCUGAGGGACCCACGAAAGAUAGUUAUAUGGGUCAGUGCUGUCCAUGUCCAGAUCCUGUUCUGUCCAAAUGCAAUGGGAGCAGUCACUUUGGAGCAGUUUCUGAGAAAUUUCAAGAUGAUGUGAAUUUUUAUAUAAAACACAAUCCUGAUAGUGUUUUAGUGGAGGAUGACGAAGACAACAAUGGAAAUGUGUCUAAAGGAACAUUUCUGCCCUUAAUGUUGAUCAAAUACAUGCGAUCAAUGGUAGAGCCAGGUGAAGCUGUUGGUUUACUAGCUGGACAGUCAAUUGGAGAGCCUUCAACUCAGAUGACAUUGAACACUUUUCAUUUCGCUGGUCGUGGUGACAUGAACGUCACCUUAGGUAUACCAAGGUUAAGAGAGAUUUUGAUGACUGCUAGCGAGAACAUCAAAACACCACAAAUGGACAUUCUCGUGCGUGCUGGAGAAGAAGAGAAUGCGAAAAUUAUUUCAAAACGAAUGAAUAAGCUCUUGUUGAUACAGGUAUUGCAACACAUAUCCGUGCACGAAUCGCUAACGUCAUCUAACUAUGAUAACGUAACGAGAUGUCGUGAGUUCAGAAUACGCUUUGAAUUCCUACCAACGUAUGCGUACCAGAAUGAUUAUGACGUUACACCUGAAGACAUUAUCUCGUACGUUGAAAGUGUUUUUAUCAAGAGGAUAGCUACAACAGUGUCCAAAAUAAUCAGAAUUAAAGAAAAACAAAGACUUGUUGAAACAAGAGCAGACGAUACUGCCACUGCAAGAUCACGCAACACAAACGCUGAAGAAAAUCCUGAGGUAGCUCCAGAAGAACCGGAUGAUCUUGCCGAUCUGUCAGAUGACGAUGGACACGAUGGCGACGCGGCUGACGUUAAAGGGAAAAACCGACAAAAGCAGUUUACUUCUUACGAUGAUCCCGAAGAACAGCAGGAGGAGAUGGAAGAGAGUUUUGAUUCAUCAACAGUAAAUGUUGCAAUCAAGGGAGAACCUGCAGACUAUGAAGAGCAAGACACCACUAUUGGCGAUAGCGGCAACCCUGUGCUGGAUGUGGAACCAAAAAAAGAGCACUUGCAAUCUGCAGACGUCGAACAAAAUCCUAGAAUAAUGAAUGUAUUGAGGCGUGACAGACAUAUUAUCGCAUAUUUGGUUGAUGAAGAAAGUCAAUGGUGUGAAGCUACAUUGCAAUUUCCUCUCUCGGGAAGUAAAGUCAUGUUGGUUUCCACAAUUGAAAAGUUGGCAGAAAAGUCUGUGAUACAUGAAGCUGCAGGAAUCAGUCGAAGCAUGGUCGUUGAAAGCAAAUCUCCUGAUGAGGUUGGGCGGUCAAGGUUAAAAACGGAGGGCGUUAACAUGCAGGAGUUAUGGAAAUAUCCUGAAAUCUUAGAUUUAAACAGUUUGUACAGCAACAACAUUCAUGGUGUCGCAAAGACGUAUGGGAUAGAAGCAGCUCGAAAUGUUAUUAUCAAGGAAGUGCAAGACGUGUUCAAAGUUUACGGUAUUCACAUCGAUGCGCGUCACUUGUCGUUAAUAGCUGAUUACAUGACAUUUGAAGGGGUGUAUAAACCGUUUAACCGAAUCGGUAUCGAAUCGAAUCCAUUCCCAUUUCAAAAGAUGAGUUUCGAGACAAGUACUCAUUUCUUAAGAAGUGCUACUGCUUUUGGACAACCAGAUAAUUUAGGCUCUCCUUCGUCGAGGAUUGUUGUAGGACGCGUUAUUGGUCAGGGGACUGGUAUGGUGGAUUUGAUACCUAAAAUAUCUGUAUGAUGAGAAUUUUUUAAUAAAAUAAGAUGGAGA